ACCAGUGGGAGCGAAGUAGCGCUGUGGGAUCUGUCGUCCGCGGCUCCUGUGCUGUUGAAGUGAAGAUAGAUAGAAUUAAAUCAUUAAAACUUGAUCUGUCGCUUUGAAACCGUCGCCCUUCACGGAGAUAAUGGGCCUAGUUGACGAAGAUCUCAUGGUUUGAGAACAUGUAUUCAGACAUACAUUUACUGAAAUUACAGAAGACAGAGCAGAUGAAGACGAAACUCAUGAACUCUUACUCGCAGAAGGAAUGACCAAGUUUGAAAGUACAAUCUCACAAGAGGAAAUAAGUUGUGUUGCCCCGUCUGACCAGACGGAAAACAAGGUCACCGAUACGGCCGUUUAUACUAGUACCACGGGUCAUCCACAGGCCCUGCAUCCCAUGGAAGAUAAAGAAAAGCCAGUGCCUCAAGAAACUCCUGAAGAGGGCUUCAGUUCUUCAUUGCCUGCAGAGAUCACUGAGAAAGAUCUCAGUCCUUCAGUGCCUCUGAUAAUUCCAGAAAAAUGCUUAGGCUCAGAGCCUUUGAAAUCUCAAGUUUCUACUUAUCCAUCACCUCCAGCUAUGAAUGAAGAAAAUUUAGGUUCUUCAGAACCUCAGGAAAAUCCUGAAGAAGGUUUAAUCGCUCCUUUGGAGCCUCCUUCAGGCAAGGAUGCUGGUUAUGCCUGGCUAGUCCUUUUUCUGGUGUUCAUGGUGAACCUCGUCACAGCUGGAAACUUUAAGAGUUUUGGCAUCACCUACACCAUCAUCCUAGACUAUUUUCCAGAUGCCUCUGGAGCCGGGGCAGGGUGGAUUCUGGGACUCCUUAUGGGUUGCAGGUGCUUGCUCUCACCUGUGAUGGGAGCUCUCACAGUCAUCAUAGGCCCGCGAAAAUGCAUCGUUUUUGGUGGCCUAAUCUGCGCUGGGAGUUUCCUGUUGGCUGUGCCUGCCUUGUCUAUAGAAUACAUGGCUUUCACACUUGGAGCCCUGUUUGGUGCGGGCAUGUGCAUGGCAGAAACUCCAGGGUACAUUGUAGUGACAGACUACUUCGAGAGGAGGAGACCUUUCGCCAACGGCGUUCGGGCGGCUGGAAACCCAAUGGGUGGCGUCAUAUUCUCUCCCCUGGUCGUCUUGCUGCACCGUCACUUUGGUUUCCAGGGCGCCCUUGUUAUGAUGGCAGGCGUCAUGUUGCAGCUGGCUGUUCUGGGCAUGCUCAUGAGGCCCUUCGAACAACACCAGAGGAUCGUAACUGAGGACUUCUGGAGGAAGAGGGUGCAGAGCAACCCUUCUUGGUACCAGAGGAAACAGGACCAAGAGAAUAUGCAGACGCAGAAGAAGAACAAUAACAAGAAGAAGCCACUCCAGUUCUCCUUCUUCAGGAACCCCUCUUAUCUGGUGUACUUGGCCGUUGUCAUCUGCUCCACUGCAGCGUUGCCCAACGCCCUCUUCUUCCUCCCCGUCUACGGCAGGACAAUUGGUCUCACUGACAUGCAAAACUCAUUCGUGUCCUCUUACUGUUCUCUGAGCGACUCGCUCAUGCGCCUGGCUUGUGGGUCGAUAUUCAGCUGCAAAGUCUUCAAGAAGACAAACGGAUUCAUAGUGAGCUUGCUUGUAGGGGCAGCAGGAUGUCUGAUUGUCCCCCUUUGUGGAAGUAUGUGGCAACUCCUCAUCUCGGCCACCAUGUUUUCUCUCUGCAUGGGAUUCUUCUGGACUCUGAUCAACAUCCUCUUGGCAGAACAGUUCGGCGGAGACGCCAUGCCCUCCACCUGGGGCUUCUUCAGGAUGGUCCAGGGGAUUUGUAGCUUCGUGUACCCUCCUUUGAUAGGUUUCGUCAUGGACAGCACAGGGGGCAUGGCAGCACCGUAUGCCCUCAUGGGUAUUUUAACGUUUGGGGCAGCUGUUAUAUUUGCCUUACAGCCUUUGAUAGCUAAGUUACCUGGAUCAAAAAUUAAUUUAACUUGAUUCACAAGAAAGUAACAAUCUUUCUUUUUGAGUGGGUAUGUGUUUGUGUUUGUAAGUGGGAAGGUUUUAUGUAUAAUAAUUUACAUCUUUAACAUUGUAACUACUGUAGUAGCAGUAGAAAUAGCAAUGAUAGCAGCUCUGUAAUAGAAAUAGUGGCUCAAUACCAGAUAGGGACUUGAGGGUGUUUCCGACCCGUGUGAUAUCAUAGUGUGUUGUACAAACAGUAUGUGUAAACACAGCCUGGGCCAAUUGGUAGCCUUAGCAUUUCCCUAGUAGACAAGACCCUAUGGGGGCAGUGACCUCAGGGCACCUCACGCAGUGCACUGUAGGCAUUACUCAAGGUUCUUUCCAACAUCUCUUCAGCCCCCUAGCUGCAACCCCUUUCAUUCCUUUUGCUGUACCUCCAUUCGUAUUCUCUUCGAUCUUGCUAUCCAUCAUUGUCUAACAACUGUUUCAUAGUGAAACUGCGAGGUUUGCCGCUUAUUACGGCUUUCAAACCUCCCUGCUUUCAACUUCCUUUCCAGCAGCGAAUGACCUCAUUCUACCCUCCGUAGGUCUAUUAGAAACUACCUUUUGCAACAUUACAUGACGUGUGAAUUUAUGAUCCUUCCUUUUUAUGAAUUGGAAAGCGAAAAUGAUGGUCGAUUAUUGCUUCAUAAUUUUUGGGGACGAUGUUUUCAUCAAUAUGGAGGAAUCGUAUAUGGCCAUUUUAAAAAGUGUAAUUAUCAUGCUAGAUAAUUUUGGGUCUUGUUUGUCGUCUUCUCCUGAACUUACUGUUUCCUUUAGUGAUUGAUCUCUUGGCUACAAGAGACUUCAUCCUUCACUUGUCAGUGCCACUACAGAACUUGAACCCAGCUUCAGCUUAGAAAAAAUUCAAUUUCAAAAUAUUUUUCAUUUAUCAGGCAAAGUAUUUUUCCAAAACAUUCUUCUUUGUGUGGUUGAUUACACUCCUGGUUACCUGAUGGUUACUAUUGUUAAGAGUUGAGAACAACAUGUAAUACAUAGGAGUUAUUAAAUAAGUCAAUGCUG